UCCUCCCGCCUCCGCCCGCGCCACCCCGGGGCUUCUCGGCCCCCUGCCCGCUAAGGCUCGCCCGACUCCGAGCCACUCCGGCGUCGGCGGUUGCCAUGGCGGCCGUUGCCGUGCUACUCGGCACGAGCCUGCUUCUCGGCUGGGCUCCACUGGGGGUUGAGGCCGCCCCCCGACCCCCCAACAUCGUGUUCCUCCUAAUGGACGACAUGGGCUGGGGUGACCUGGGCGUGUUUGGAGAACCUUCUAAAGAGACCCCUAAUCUGGACCGAAUGGCUGCCGAAGGGAUGCUUUUCCCCAACUUCUACACUGCCAGUCCCCUGUGCUCUCCGUCAAGAGCAGCGCUGCUCACGGGCCGUCUUCCCAUCCGCAAUGGAUUCUACACAACCAAUGGGCACGCCAGGAAUGCUUACACACCUCAGGAAAUAGUCGGAGGAAUCCAAGAUUCGGAGUUCCUCCUUCCUGAGCUGCUGAAGAAAGCAGGCUAUGUCAAUAAGAUUGUUGGCAAGUGGCAUAUGGGUCACAGGCCCCAGUUUCACCCCUUGAGGCAUGGAUUUGAUGAGUGGUUUGGAUCCCCCAACUGCCAUUUUGGACCUUAUGACAACAAGGCCAGACCCAACAUUCCCGUUUACAGGAAUUGGGAGAUGGUGGGCAGAUUCUAUGAAGAUUUUCCCAUUAAUCUCAAGACAGGAGAGGCUAAUCUAACUCAGAUCUACUUAAAGGAAGCAGUGGAUUUUAUUAUGAAGCAACAGAAAAAAGAACAGCCCUUUUUUCUCUAUUGGGCCAUUGAUGCCACCCAUGCACCUGUGUAUGCUUCAGAAUCUUUCUUGGGUACCAGUCAGAGAGGGCGAUAUGGAGAUGCCGUUCGAGAAAUUGAUGAUAGCAUUGGGAAAAUACUGACGCUGCUUCACAACCUGGGUAUCCAAGAGAAAACAUUUGUGUUUUUUACAUCUGAUAAUGGAGCCGCCCUCAUUUCCGCUCCCAGUCAAGGUGGCAGUAAUGGGCCCUUCCUGUGUGGGAAACAAACCACCUUUGAAGGUGGGAUGAGGGAACCAGCAAUUGCCUGGUGGCCUGGACAUAUAUCUGCUGGACAAGUGAGUCACCAGCUGGGGACUGUGAUGGAUCUCUUCACCACCAGCCUGUCCCUAGCGGGCCUGAAGCCUCCCGGAGACCGAGAGAUUGACGGCAUUGACCUUCUCCCAGCCAUUAUACAUGGCAAGCUGAUUGACAGGCCCAUUUUCUAUUACCGUGGCAACGAAUUGAUGGCGGUUAGAGUGGGACAGUACAAGGCUCACUACUGGACUUGGAGCAACUCGUGGCGAGAGUUCAAUCAGGGCAUUGAUUUCUGCCCUGGGCAGAAUGUGUCUGGAGUAACCACCCACAGCCAAGAGGAACAUUCAGAAUUGCCCUUGCUUUUCCACCUGGGAAGAGACCCAGGGGAGAAAUUCCCAAUCAGUGUUUCCAGCGUCGAGUACCGAGAUAGUCUUCAAAGAAUAUUCCCAAUCGUUGAGGAACACAAGAAGACCAUGGUACCCGCAGAACCCCAGCUCAACGUGUGCAACCUAGCUGUCAUGAACUGGGCCCCCCCUGGGUGUGAGAAGUUGAAAAGGUGCUUGAACCCUCCAGAGUCCAAACCAGGGAAGUGCCUUUGGCCCCACUAGCUGCCCUUCCUCCCUGUGGAUCCCAGAAACCCACACGGCAGGUGUGAGGAGCACAUCUGCCCUGGUGGAGCUCAUCACAAAGGCAAGAACAUAAAAUGUGGAAAGACAAGUUGUCACAUCCCUCGGUUCCAGCAGUGAUUUUCGUCAGCUCCCUGGUGAGAGACGAGAGCAUAUGCCUGUCUUUGCAAGCUGUUGCCCAGUGUUAAAUUCCUCUAUAACAUUUCUUUAGUGAGUAAAGGAUUGUGGCCCAGAGGAAUGACCACCCAGGAGAGAGAAACAUGGAACUGUCUUCUCUCCUGAUUAAAAAUCAUGUUUCCCAAAGACCAGCAUCUGAAAACAGGGGAGCACACUUGAAACGUGUCCUAAAACCUGCUGCCAAGGUACCACCCCCAUAUCGACCACAGGGUCACUGAUUGGCAAUAGAUAAGGAGAAAAAAACAAGUACCCUGUCUUUCUGUUCUCUCUUCCUCUUAAAACCUCCAAAGGCUUUCUGACGUAUGGAUCUCGUUUGUCUUCACACUGGUGCUGUGAAGGAACGGGUGUUACUGUAUUACUAUCCCUGGUGGUUCUAAUUACCUUCUUGACAAGCUUUCCCUAGGGCCAGGAACCCAAGUUCAGAUAGCCUGAGAGAGUGUGUGUGUGUGUGUCUACACCAAACUCCGUCUUCAUCUUUCUCCCCGUGUUUCAGUCCCAGUAUUAACAGUGCAGCUGCCAAACUUGGGUUUCAGUUACUAAAGAUACAGGAUAGAGGAAGGAACCUGGGGCAUUGCAGAGAGAUGCCCACAUUGGCCAUCUAGCCCAGCACGUCCUGCCCCGGCCUUCCUAGUUUCCUCUUUGGCCACUCUAUCCAUUGCCGUGGUUCACACAUGGUUCAAAUGGAUAGAUAUUGUGUGUGAGGGAGGAAGUCUAGAGGAGGGCUGGGGGGGAGGGGUAUUUAAAGAGGAGGGGAUACUGAGGCUAUUGUCCUCAGCCCAUAGGGAAUAGAAAGGGACCAUGGGGGUGCCCUGCCUGUGUGCCUUACUCCCUAAAACACACACACACACACACACACACUACUGAAAAAUGGAGAUAGCCAAAUUACUGUUUCCUGUGUUGUCUUUGGUAAGAAUCUGGACUUUCAACUCCAUCAAUUUCCCUGUCUUUAGUAUGGGUUUAGAGGGGGGUGGAGAGUCACUUCAUCCCCAGAGGCUGACAGUAGACUGGUGAGCACUACAGAGCCUAGAGGGCCAUCCUGAGGUUCUAGAAGGCAGCCUCAGGUUAGACAAUGGGGAGCUUCAGUUCUUUCCUUUUCCUUACCAUAGUGAAGAGUCAGAGGGAACAGUGAGCAGUUUUUCCUCUCCUUGAAGUAACCUCAAGGGACAAGAAAUGGGAACCAUGCUCCUUGUCUCUACUCCAAGAUAGAUAAAUGUCCUGUUUUCUCUACCCCCAGAAGGCUGGCUUUGAUUUGGAGAUGCCUUCUCAGGGCAGAUGCAGCCGCCUCCAUGUGCCUUAUCAGAGGGAUGGGGGGCAAAUAGGUCUUCGAGGAGGGGAAGCAGGAGUUCCAGGGUUUUUCCAUCCCUUCCUCCCAAAGACUGGCACAACUGAAGGCAGUACUUGCCACCUUCCCAAUUGUCCUCUCCCUCCAUGACAAGUAUGAAAUAGGAUACCAGAGCCACACCUGGGAUCCAGGGCCCUCCAGAGCAGGCUUUGUCCUCCUCUCUCUUUGCUCUGGAGCAGCAGGAUGGGGAGUCACAAAGCUGAUCCUCAGCGAUUGACAGAUUUUAGGAAUGCCUAGAACCACACCCUUCUUCCUUCCAUCAUUAGGUAUUCACUGCAGGCCUGGAGUUAUCUCUUGGGUGUUUGUACAUCUGGCUCCCAACCUUACUGUCACUGAGGUAGGGAGGAUCAUUGUGGUUUUCACAAUGACGCUGCUCUCUCUUGGUUCUCUUCCCACCUAUGACACUCUCUUCUCAGUCUCUUUUGCUGUAUCUUCAUCCACAUCGUGCCCAUUCACUGUGCCUGUCUCCCCGUGCUCCAUCUCGGUCCCUCUUUCUUUUCACUCUGUGCUCUUGGCAAUCUCACUUACCUCUAUAUAAAUGAUUUCCAGAUCCACACUUCCAGCCCUUACCUGUAUCUCAUCUCCAACUGCUUGCUGGACAUCUCAAAUUGAAUGUCCUUUAGGCAUCUCAGACUCAGCAGGUCCAAAGCAGAAGUCUUUCUCUUUCCCCUCAAACCAGCCUCUUUUCCUGCAUUUCCCUGUUGUUAUGGAGGGCACUGCCAUGCUGCCCCUCAGCCAGGUUCCCUACCUCUGUGUGGUCCUCCGCUUCUCACUCUCAUUAGUCCUGCAUAGCCAGUCCAUUGCCAAAUCUUGUCAUUUCUACCUUCGUGACAUCGCUUGUGUAAUUCCUUCCCCAUUCUGCUAGAGAAACACCCACUAUUUAUUUGUCCAUUAUAGUGUUCAGUAUUACUGAUGCAGUUCCAGACAUUUCAACUAACAAUUUUUUAAACAUUAAUAAUGCUUGCUUUUAAGAGUGGUUUGGUAUUAAAGAUAUAAAAUAAGUAUUGGAUUAAAAAUAGUGUUUGUUAAAAAAAAAUUCUA